AUGGCGGCCACAAUGGCGGCCCCGUUUCCCAACCUCUAUGUCCACAGGAGGGUUGCCGAUGCCGCCGCCAAAUCCUGCGACGUGUGCUACAAAACCAGCAGCUCCGUCCUCAUAACACCAGACAGCAAGGACUUUUUCUACGUGUGCCCUGCCCAUCUAAAGGACACAUACUUUUGCACGCCGAGGGUCGACGCCGCGGCCGUCGAGGCAAGGCGGGAAAAGGCGCUCGCCGAGGAAAAAGAGAGGCUGAAGAAGGAGUACGAGGAGAAGCUACGCAAGAAGACGGCCAAGAAGGCCAAGGAGGCCAAGGAGGCCAAGGAGGCCGCGGGCAAGGCGGAGCAGGAGGACGAGGAGGAGGCCAAGGACAAGAAUCGCGACGCAAAGGACGUCGAGUCAGCUGCCGAGGGAUCCCUUGCUUCGAAUGAAGAGCCUCGACUAUUUCAACUUGGAAGCGCGUUCUAUCAGCAACGGCUGCAACGCAAGCGUCAAGCCGAAGCGGCGAGGAGAGACAGGGAGCGCGCUUCCCAGCCUGGAUACUUUCCCUCGGUGCCGUCCGAGCCCCCGACCAGAUGA